AAGUGCACACUGGUUCAUUUAAUUCCGUGGAAAUGAAAAGGGAACACUACUUUCACGUGUCUUCAGGAUUUGCCCAGGGAAUAUAAAAUUACGCAAAUUGACGGAUUACAAUCCACGCAUUUUAUUGGCAGAGAAACGGAUGGCGUAGAAGGAUUGGCCAAUACUAUAAUUUUCAAGUUCCCGUAAAGUAUCGCGAUUCAAUUCGUGAAAUAAAUCCCUAACGCGGCUUCACAAUCGGCCAUUUCGUCUGCACAGGCCAUCAGCCGAACAAGGCAGCUGGGUAACAUCGUCGUAACUGGUAACCUGAAAGACAAAUCAAGAACAUCGCAACAUGAGUGAACAAGCUAUCUCAUUCGCAAAGGACUUCUUGGCCGGCGGUAUCUCCGCCGCCAUUUCCAAAACAGCCGUCGCCCCAAUCGAAAGAGUGAAGCUUCUCCUUCAGGUCCAGCAUGCCAGCAAGCAGAUUACAGCAGACAAGCAGUAUAAAGGGAUCAUGGACUGCGUUGUCCGUAUCCCCAAGGAACAAGGAUUCCUCUCCUUCUGGAGAGGUAACCUUGCCAAUGUCAUCAGAUACUUCCCCACCCAGGCCCUCAACUUUGCUUUCAAGGACAAGUACAAGAAGAUCUUCCUCGAUGGGGUUGACAAGCGCACCCAGUUCUGGAGGUACUUUGCCGGAAACUUGGCGUCCGGUGGCGCUGCUGGAGCCACCUCCCUCUGCUUCGUUUACCCCCUCGACUUCGCCCGUACCCGUCUGGCAGCUGAUGUGGGAAAGGCAGGACAAGAAAGAGAGUUCAAGGGGCUGGGCGACUGCCUGGUGAAGAUCUCCAAGUCUGAUGGUCUCAAAGGCCUGUACCAGGGCUUCAAUGUCUCUGUGCAGGGUAUCAUCAUCUACAGGGCUGCAUACUUCGGCAUCUAUGACACGGCAAAGGGUAUGCUUCCAGACCCAAAGAACACCCACAUAUUGGUGAGCUGGAUGAUUGCACAGACUGUAACAGCGGUUGCCGGCCUGACUUCCUACCCCUUCGAUACUGUUCGUAGACGCAUGAUGAUGCAGUCUGGCCGCAAGGGAGCUGACAUCAUGUACAGCGGAACCAUCGACUGCUGGCGCAAGAUUGCACGCGAUGAGGGUGGCAAGGCUUUCUUCAAGGGAGCUUGGUCCAACGUGCUCAGAGGCAUGGGCGGCGCCUUCGUGCUGGUGUUGUACGAUGAGCUGAAGAAAGUCAUCUAACUCUUCAUGUUGUCACAUCACUGUCCAAUUUGGCUAAAUGUAUUAACUUUCCAUUUCUAUGGACUUUGCAUUCUGCCUUAUUUAUGGGAACAAAUUAGUGUCUCACCAGUUAGCUGUGGGCAAUGGCUGUACCAGUUGUGCAACUUUAUGAUUUUAAGACGUUCCACGCCCUCUUUACCAAUGUCAUUCCUGAUAAAGAAGUAUGAAUACCUCCUCCUGUUAAUAAAUAGGUUUGUAUGGUCCCAACUUGAAUAAAUCUAUUCUGGGGAACAAACUUAACCAA